AUGCAUGGACGGCAUUUGGAUUAUAGCUCUACAUUCCAUUCACGAUAUGCCCCACCGAAGAAACGCACUUUCUCUGCACGUUCAUCACAUCCAUGUUAUGUAGCUGAACGUCCCGCAGCUGCUAAUAUCUCAUCCCUGGCUGUUCGCGGUACAAACAGAAGAUAUCAAGGAAAGGAGUUUUUCUCUCAAACAAGUAAUCUGGUAGUUGAGAGGCCAGUGCAUUUUGGUAGUACAGUGAGUUUACCUCUGAGCUCGGAAAAUGGAAAAUUCUCAUCCACUUAUCGUUCACGUGAUGAAUAUCAUGUGAACCCGAGGUAUCGUAUGGACUGGCGUUUUUCUAAAGAACAAAAUUUUUCACCACGUCCUCCCCCUGUUAAAACCUUUGCACGAAGUAACUUCACAGAUUCUGAUAAUUUCUUCAUUCCACCACCUUCUGUACAUGAUGAGGGAAAACUUGUAGUUGUUCUUGAUCUUGAUGAAACCCUUGUAUAUUCACGUGGUGGACCAAUCAUUCCUAGACCUGGUACACAUCGUCUUUUUGAAGCUUUGCGUGGACGUUGUGAAGUAGUGGUAUGGACAGCAGGAGAAGAACAUUACGCAAGAGAGGUUAUACAAAGAAUUGACCGUAGACGCUGUAUUCAACACUGUAUAUUUCGUCACGAAAAAUGGUGGUCAGAAAGACCAGGCUAUUUAAAGGAUAUUAGCGCAUUGGGAAGACCUCUUAAUCGUACCAUAAUUAUUGAUAAUACACCUGAUUGCUUAAGGGCUUAUCCUCAAAAUGGAUUGCUCGUUACCGACUUUCGUGGAGAACUUUGGAAUCGUUCAGGGGCUGAUACCACUCUUUUUGUUCUUGCAGAUAUAAUUGAAGAUGUAUUGCGUGGUCCUUUGGUUUCUGUUGAGGCAUUUCAUAGUCACCCAUAUAUACAACUACGCUCAAUCCCGUGUGAUACCGGUGGCUCUAUUGAGGUGUUGACACUUAAGCAAGAUCAAUUUGCCAACGCAAGACCUCCCCGAUCGCGGUUUGUUGCGGCGUAUCAAUUACUAAAGGCGUCUCGCCAAUAA